AUUCUACUCUUGAGUUCUACCUCCAGCCUCUGCAUAUAUUACAUUUUGCUUAUCUACUAAUCAGCUCAGGGACACUGGUGUCCUUUUCACAUUUUUUACUCUUAGAAUAAAGAGUGUUGACCAUUGUGGGUGCGGUGGUGCACGCCUGUAAUCUCAGCACUCCGAAGGCUGAGGCAAGGGGAUCGCAGGAGGAUUGCUGGAAGUUUGAGGCCAGCCUGGACUACAGAGUAAGUUCAAGGAUCAAAAUACUUGUUAAACAGUGGACUCAGAGACCAUUAAAAACAAACUCCAACAUCAUUUUACUGAUUAACCAGGUGUGCAUCAUCAUCUCAUCUGGCUAGAAGAUUUUCUUAAAUGUAUCCUUUCCCUUGACUCACAAAACAAAAUGAAGCAGAACGCUUAUUGGCAGAGUGCUUCUUACGCAUACACCAUGUCCUGGUUUUGAAUCCCCAGGACAGGAUGGGUGAUUAGGGUUGUGGAGUUGCUGAUGUAUAUUUAAGAUGAGUGGAUUAGGAGAAAACUCUUUGGAUCCACUGGCCCCUGAUUCACGAAAACGCAAGUUGCCAUGUGAUACUCCAGGACAGGGUCUUACCUGCAGUGGUGAAAAGUGGAGAAGAGAGCAGGAGAGUAAAUAUAUUGAAGAAUUGGCUGAACUGAUAUCUGCAAAUCUCAGUGAUAUUGACAAUUUCAACGUCAAACCUGAUAAAUGUGCAAUUUUAAAGGAAACAGUAAGACAGAUACGUCAAAUAAAAGAGCAAGGAAAAGCUGUUUCCAAUGAUGAUGAUGUUCAGAAAGCUGAUGUAUCUUCUACAGGACAAGGAGUUAUUGAUAAAGACUCUUUAGGACCACUUUUACUUCAGGCGUUGGAUGGUUUCUUGUUUGUGGUGAAUCGAGAUGGAAACAUUGUAUUUGUGUCAGAAAAUGUCACACAAUACUUGCAAUAUAAGCAGGAGGACCUGGUUAACACAAGUGUCUACAGUAUCUUGCAUGAAGAAGACAGAAAAGAUUUUCUUAAAAACUUACCAAAAUCUACAGUUAAUGGAGUUUCCUGGACAAAUGAGACCCAGAGACAAAAGAGCCAUACAUUUAAUUGUCGUAUGUUGAUAAAAACAACACAUGAUGUACUGGAAGACAUGAACACGAGUCAGGAAAUGCGCCACAGAUAUGAAACAAUGCAGUGCUUUGCCUUGUCUCAGCCACGAGCUAUGAUGGAGGAAGGAGAAGAUUUGCAAUCCUGUAUGAUCUGUGUCGCACGCCGUAUUACUACAGGUGAAAGAGCAUUUCCAUCAAAUCCUGAGAGCUUUAUUACUAGACAUGAUCUUUCAGGAAAGGUCGUCAAUAUAGAUACAAAUUCACUAAGAUCCUCCAUGAGACCUGGCUUUGAAGAUAUAAUCCGAAGGUGUAUUCAGAGAUUUUUUAGUCUUAAUGAUGGGCAGUCAUGGUCGCAGAAACGUCACUAUCAAGAAGCCUAUAUUCAUGGCCAUGCAGAAACCCCUGUUUAUCGAUUUUCCUUGGCUGAUGGAACUAUAGUGACUGCACAGACAAAAAGCAAACUCUUCCGAAAUCCUGUAACAAAUGAUCGUCAUGGUUUUGUCUCAACCCACUUUCUUCAGAGAGAACAAAACGGGUAUAGACCAAACCCAGGUCCUAUAGGUCAAGGCAUUAGACCUUCUGCAUCUGGAUGCAGCAGUUCUGUAGGUAGCAUGAGCUUGUCACCAAACCAAGGCUUACAAAUGCUGAGCAGCAGGGCCUACAGCUUGGGAGACCCCAGCACCACAGGACAGCUGAGUGGAGCUAGAUAUGGUACUUCAAGUAACAUUGCUUCAUUGACGGCUGGGCCAGGCAUACAGUCACCGUCCUCUUACCAAAACAAUAACUAUGGGCUCAACAUGAGUAGCCCACCUCACGGAAGUCCUGGGCUUGGCUCUAAUCAGCAGAAUAUUAUGAUCUCACCUCGGAAUCGUGGCAGCCCAAAGAUGGCCUCACAUCAGUUUUCUCCUGUUCCAGGCGUACAGUCUCCCAUGGGAUCUUCUAGCAGUACAGGGAGCCACAGUUUUUCCAGUAGCUCUCUCAGUGCCCUGCAAGCCAUUAGUGAAGGUGUAGGAACUUCUCUUUUAUCUACUUUGUCUUCACCAGGACCCAGACUGGAUAACUCUCCCAAUGUGAAUAUAACCCAAGCAAGUAAAGUGAUCAGUCAGGAUGCUAAGAGUCCCUUAGGCUUGUACUGUGACCAGAAUCCAGUGGAGAGUACAAUGUCAAAUAGCAGAGAUCACCUCAAUGACAAAGAAAGUAGGGACAGCACUGGUGAAGGGUUGGAGAAUCAGAAGGGUCCUUUGGAAAGCAAAGGUCAUAAAAAAUUACUUCAGUUACUCACCUGUUCCUCUGAUGACCGAGGCCAUUCCUCCUUGACCAACUCCCCCUUGGAUUCAAGUUGUAAAGACUCUUCUGUUAGUGUCACUAGCCCCUCUGGAGUCUCUUCCUCAACGUCUGGAGGUGUGUCCUCCACAUCCAAUAUGCACGGGUCACUGUUGCAAGAGAAGCAUCGGAUUUUACACAAGUUGCUACAGAACGGAAAUUCACCAGCUGAAGUAGCCAAGAUUACUGCAGAAGCCACUGGAAAAGACACCAGCAGUGCUGUUGCUUGUAGUGAAGGAACCGUCAAGCAGGAACAGCUAAGUCCUAAGAAGAAAGAGAAUAAUGCACUUCUCAGAUACUUGCUCGACAGGGACGAUCCCAGUGAUGCACUCUGUAAAGAAUUACAGCCCCAAGUUGAAGGAACAGAUAAUAAAACAAAUAUGUGCAGUAGCUCCACUAUUCCCUGCUCAACUCAAGAGAAGGAGCCUAAAAUUAAGACUGAAACAAAUGAAGAGCCAUCUGGAAACUUGGAUAAUCUAGAUGCUAUUCUUGGUGAUCUGACUAGUUCUGACUUUUACAGUAAUCCUAUAUCCACAAAUGGCAGUCAUCUGGGGAGCAAGCAACAAAUGUUUCAAGGACCUAAUUCUUUGGCAGGUUUGAGAAGUCCACAGUCUGUGCCAUCCAGUCGUCCACCAUAUAGCCGAGCAGUUUCUUUAGAUGGUCCUGUUACUGUUGGCUCCAGUCCUCCAAUAAAGAAUAUCAGUUCUUUCUCUAUGUUACCUAAGCAGCCCAUGUUGGGUGGGACUCCAAGAGUGAUGGAUAGUCAGGAAAAUUAUAGCUCAAACAUUGGUGUACCAAACAGAAAUGUGACUGUGAGCCAGACUCCUAACUCUGGAGACUGGGGCUUACCAAAUUCAAAGGCCAGCAGAAUGGAACCUAUGAGUUCAAACUCUAUGGGAAGGCCUGGAGGAGAUUACAGUGCUUCUCUACCCUGUUCUUUACCCAGACCUUCAAUGGCCGGCGCUAUGUCAACUUUUCCUCUUAGGUCAAAUAACAUUCCUGGUGCAAGGCCAUUUUUGCAGCAGCAGCAGCAGCAACAACAACAGCAACAGCAACAACAGCAGCACCAGCAGCAGCAACAGCAGCUUCUCCAGAUCAAACCUGGUGAGAUUCCAAUGGGUAUGGGUGUGAAUCACUAUGCCCAAGCAACACCACCUAAUCAACCAGGUUCCUGGCCAGAUGCCAUGCUAUCCAUGGAACAAAUCCCUCAUGGCACUCAAAACAGACCAAUUCUUAGGAAUUCCCUGGAUGAUCUCCUUGGGUCACCUUCUAACUUGGAAGGCCAGAGUGAUGAAAGAGCUCUGUUGGACCAGCUGCACACACUCUUGAGCAACACAGAUGCAACAGGCCUGGAGGAAAUUGACCGAGCUUUGGGCAUCCCAGAACUUGUGAAUCAGGGACAAACUUUGGAGCCCAAACAAGAUCCUUUUCAAGGCCAAGAAACAGCAGUGAUGAUGGAUCAGAAGGCAGCAUUAUAUGGACAGACAUACUCAACACAGGGUCCUCCAAUACAAGGAGGCUUUAAUCUUCAGGGACAGUCACCGUCUUUUAACUCUAUGAUGAAUCAGAUUAGCCAGCAAAGCAGUUUUCCUCUCCAGGGGAUGCAUCCUAGGGCCAGCAUCAUGAGACCUCGUACAAAUACCCCAAAGCAACUUAGAAUGCAGCUUCAGCAGAGACUUCAGGGCCAACAGUUCUUGAAUCAGAGCCGGCAGGCACUUGAAAUGAAGAUUGAAAACCCUGCUGGUGGUGGUGCUGCAGCGAUGAGGCCCAUGAUGCAGCCCCAGGUGAGCUCCCAGCAGGGUUUUCUAAAUGCUCAGAUGGUUGCCCAGCGUAGCAGAGAACUGCUAAGUCAUCACUUCAGACAGCAGAGGAUGGCAAUGAUGAUGCAGCAGCAGCAACAGCAACAGCAGCAGCCUCUGCCGCCGCCGCCGCAGCAGAGCCAGGCCUUCAGCCCUCCUCCAAAUGUGACCGCCUCCCCCAGUAUGGAUGGCGUUUUGGCAGGGCCUGCAAUGCCACAGGCUCAGCCACAGCAGUUUCCAUAUCCACCAAAUUAUGGACUCGGACAGCAACCAGAUCCAGCCUUUGGUCGAGUGCCUAGUCCUCCUAAUCCAAUGAUGUCAUCUAGAAUGGGUCCAUCCCAGAACCCCAUGAUGCAACACCCACAGACGGCACCCAUGUAUCAGUCCUCAGAAAUGAAGGGCUGGCCUUCAGGAAACUUGGCUAGGAACAGCUCCUUUCCCCAGCAGCAGUUUGCCCACCAGGGAAAUCCUGCAGCAUAUAGUAUGGUGCACAUGAAUGGAAGCAGUGGUCACUUGGGACAGAUGAACAUGAACUCCAUGUCCAUGUCGGGCAUGCCCAUGGGUCCUGAUCAGAAAUACUGCUGACAUCCCUAUACUUCGACCUCUAAAGAAAUCAGUGUACAAAUGCUACUGCCAUAGGAUUACUGGGAGUCAAAGAAUCAUUGUUCAGGCAUCCAUUUGUGAAGUGAGGACCAGCUUUGAUCUCCAUCAGGGGUAUUCCAAGUUACAUCAUUUUGCAGGACUUAAAACUGAAGCGCAAUAUCUUUUGUUUUGGUGUUUCCUCUACUUUUGUAUAUCAUGUGUUCAAAACAGUUUUUUUGAUACUCUGCUUUCUAGGAAUUUGAUUCUGCAGAAGUGGAAUGAAUGCCAAUACUUGGUUCUUCUGUAUCACUUCCUUCUGCCUUGUUAGCCAAUGUCUCUCAGCUGAAUGUAGGUGGGCCAGAGAGCAGUGAAGAGAUCAAAACUAGUUUCUGUAAUUGGUUGUAUUUAACAGAGAGCUUAGUCUCAGUAUUGAAGUGUUGUGUUAAAGUUAAUUUUAUACUGCCUGUUAUGCAGUGGAAUUGGCAUUUCUGAGUCUUUGUUUUUUCCUGAGCAUUGUUCUAGGCCUUCUCCUCAUGAACAUUUCAUACUCCAUACUCAGCAUUUGUCAUUGAUGUCCAGUAGCUUUGCAGAAGGGAAAAUAAGAUGACAGUAUUUAAUUUGCAACGGUGGCAGUUUUUCAUAUGCUAACGUGCAGCUGAGUGCACUUUAUUUAAAUAAGUAAUGGAUAAAUGCAAUAUUCUUGAUCUUGAGGAAUGGUGAAAUACAUUCCUUGUUUUUGUCUCCACUAAUCUGUUGGACAAUAAGUGUGACUUUUUUUCUUUUAAAGUGCUGGUGUCACCCUUUGCCUAUAUGGUAGAGCAAUAAUGCUUUUUGAAAAUAAACUUCUGAAACUUUAAGGCAAGUACUGCGCUCUGAAUCAGAAGUUUGCAGUGUUUCUGUGAAUAGAUUUUUUUCCUGUAAAUAUGGCCUAUUAAGAUAUUGCAUUAUGUAAAAUAUGUAUAUACCUUUUUUUGUAAGUCAUAACUCAUUUUUACAGUUUGUGAAGCUGAAUAUUUAACACUUGUUGAUUUUAGUAAGCUCUGUAUGGUGAAGAUCCCUGAGUCACCUGGUCCUUGGGGUGGAGGGGAUUACAAAGGUCUACAGUUUUUUCUCUUCCCCAGUGUUAGAAGCCUCACUCUUUCCAUUCUUUCAGUCUAAAUGCUUUUAAAAGAGAUCAUUUGUUUAGAUGUAAGCAUCUGAAUUUUUAAAAAAUUCCUUUCCAGUUUAACUCUAAGCACUUUGUUAAUUUGGGGGGAAUGACUAGAUACAGAGGAAGAAAAAUCAGGAUUUUGAAGAAAAACAAUUUGAUUUUAAAAAUCUUUUGGAUUUUAAGCAGUCCAUAAAUUAUCUUUCCCUUUGUAAAAUUUAAAUUAAAGUACCCUCUUGUCUUUUCAAUCAUUUUAGGAGUGAAUCCCAUACUGAGAUUGCAAGGGUAGAAUCCUUGGUGUGUGGUUUCUGGUGUCUGCUCAGCUGUUCUUAUAGAGUCUUCUGCAUCCCUGUGAAUUAGAAUAGUGUCCCUUUUAUUGCUUAAAGAAGUACCACCCAGAAUAGACUGCGCUGUAGAACACCUUUGCUUGUUCCCCUCUUUCCCCCUGCCACUUUGUGCUGUUGCUGUUCCUUGACACCUCUGUCUGGACUUAGGGAAAAUCAAGUUGAUUCCCUUUACUGGGUUAUUCUAUUACGUUCAAAAAUUAGAAUGAGAUUUGUGUUUUUAUAAUAUCUGUAAAUUUCAAAUGACUUUUUGAGCCUUUCUAGCAAAACCUGAGAACAGUUUAUUUUUUGAAUUUCAUACAUUUAGCAAAACUUUCUAGAUGUCUCUGAAGUGGAAAGAUAACUUAAUUUCUUUGACAUGCUUACGAAUGAGUGAAGCUCCAUAUUUGCAGAACCACAACUAGAGUGCAUUUUAUUUUUCAAACAUUGUGCUUAUUAAUCAUGAGUUUGCCAUGCUUUCCCCUUUCCACAGGUGUUCAGAUUUUAAACAUUAUCUUCCAUUGUACAGCUUGUGCUUGUCAGCUGACACUUCAAGUGCUCUCUUUCAGUCCAGGAAGGUUGUGUGUGUCUGAGCCUUCCACAAAACAAACUCUGCAUGUCAGGACAGAAUAGUGCUCCUGCCUUUCUUAAGAGUUACUCAAAACAAAACGUUGUGUGACUCUUUUCUCAUUCCUGACUCCAGGCUACAUGGAAGGCAGCGGCAUCCCAUUUUUUUGUAUGGGAAAAAUAAGUUUUAAGUUUUUAUGGUUUCUACCUGUUGAUUUUAUUGGUGAAAAUUCAGUAUUUUGAUUUUCUUAUAACAGAUGCAGUCUUUGAAAUUUGCUAUUUUUAUCUUUAUUGUCCUUUAAUCUCUUUUGGAUAAUUCUUUGUACUCCUGCUGUCUACCUCUCCUCAUUCUCAGCCCCCCAUUCCUUUUUUUAAACAUAGGUAUUUCUUGGGUAAAUCGUGUAAGUCUUUCCAUCCGCUUUUAGAAUGUGGGAUAUUUCCAGUACCUACUUUUUUGCUGAAUCCAAAGAUAUAUAAAUAAAAUAUAUAUUUUAUGAAGAUCAAAAUGAUAUAAAAGGACAUACAUGUUUCUUUAAAAAAGUACAAGUUUCAUUGUUAAUGUUCAUAAUUGUCCAUCUGUAUUGAAAGGUGUAAAUAUCUGUAAACAGUCCUACUUAGUUUAUCAAUAUUGAAUAUAUAAGGUGAGUUGGGGUUGGGUACUACAGAAGAUCAUUGGCUUGAUGUCCUAGAAGUACUUUUUUCCAGAGGUAGAUGCAGCUGGAAAGUAAACCAAAUGGAAUCCCAUUUGCCCAUAUGCAGGAUCAGGUCCCUUUUAUUUUCAGAAUGCCUGCGUUUUGUUCACAAGUGUGGAAAUGCACAUUUAUCUUCUAGGAUACAUAUUUAUCUUCUAGGAUACAUGAAGAUUUACCCCUGCAGCAGAGUAAUAAGUUGUUUGCAACUCCAGGGCAAACCAUUUCAAAUGAGCAAUGUGUUUUUUUAUUCUUCCCUCCUAUUUCUCUUUGCAAUAUAUGGAAUUUUGAAGAUGGAACUGUCAUUCUGAGAGCAAUAUUUAAAUUCUCAGGAAUUGACUUACAGUAUUAAUAAUCAAUUUGCUUUCAAUCAAGUUUACAUGGUUGAUUCUAAAAAACUGAAAUUGUUCUUUUACACUGAAGAGAAUUUAAACUACAUGGGAUCACUCAUGAAAUGGGGUGGUGAAGUAUUACUUCUUUGCUAACCAUUUUGAAAGUCCUUGUAAAUAAAGGUUUCUAUUUAAAA